AGCGAACUUUACUCACACUAGCUCCGCCCACACCAUCGGAUACUGCGUUUGACCUCGCUGCUCCGCUUGAACACUUGUAUGACAGCCUCGAGGGACUAGGGGACCCAUUCGCAAAGACCGCGCCAGCCUACGAUGCCGCUAUCGCGCUUCUGGACGCAACGUGGAACGCACAUAAGGCGGAGGGUUUGACUGGGUCGGCGGCGCAAAGUGCGACCACGGUCGCGGCGCGAUUGUCGCGUGGCGUCAGCGUGAGUACUCCAAUGGACGGCAAGUGCGGCUUCUUCUGGAGGCGGCACGCUAGGAGCCCAGUGCAUCUGUCACCCGCUGAAGAUAGACGUCAAAUCCGGUGACAUACUUUCCCGCUCUGCUGUCCAUGCUCGGCCCUUCAAUCGUUACGGUGUACAAGGCAUCGCUGUCUGGGCAACGAAUUCUGCUCUACUCGCCCCCACCGAUCUUGCCACUAAGCGCAUUCGCCUGGUGCGUAUGGGCAAUGGGUCUCCCACCGUCCUCUGCUGCCAACGCCGGGGCUCGCUCAUCUGCCUUCCUCGGUAACAUCGGGUUGAUGGACAUCGACUCUGUCAAAGCCCGAACAGGUGGCUGGAUAGCAACGACAACCGACACCGUGUUCAAGUCACAUACUGAUGGGUACGACAUGUUCAUCGACCUUAGCAACUCGCUGCCACUUCUGGGCGACGAGGAAGAUAUUCGAGCACCUCGCGACAAGUCGCUGCCGUCCCCUGAGGUUCUCACUUGCUUCCCACGCAGCGGACAGAAGCCCGUUGCCACAAGUACCAGCUACGCUUUCGCAGACCUCGCGCUUUACCGGUCCCUCGUUCUUCUGGACCAGUCUCCGAGAGGCGUGCGAGCCGAGACUGUCGGCUUCAGUGCCACCAAUCGGGCCGGAGGCAUCUGGCUGGUCGUCUUCGAAAUGCUGGAGCGCGUGUGGAACCUGUGUGUGGGUGUGUGCGAGUUUGCUAUGGGGCGUGGGCAUCUCAACGGUCCGAUUGCCCUUCCCGAAGGCGAGGAAGACGCGCGUCGUCUCCUUGCAACGGACAUGUCCGAGCUUAUUGGCGACGAGGACGACGAGGAGGCCUUCGACGAGCCGUCAAUUGUGCCCUCCAGUUCCAUGCCGGACGAUGUCGCACGCCGCGGCCGGCUGAUCCUCGACCAGCUGCAUCACAAUGCGUAUCACCUGUACGCGCGGCUAAUCAGCGUCGCUGCUGGCGGGUGGGAGUUGACUGAUGACCACCUCCGCUCCUUGACGGGCGCCUCGCGUCUGAACCCUUGGGGUGGACGGGGGUCCUCUGAGGCACAGUUCUGGUUGCGCCUCGCUCGGACGUGGAAUGUGGAGCCCGAGGCUGAGGAAUAACGGGCGUAGGCCGUGUCGAUGAGACAUCACAGCGGAAUCAGAGGAGAAUGUCGUGCGGGUGGCGCUGAGCGCCGCAGCGCGCUUGUCAAGAAGGGAAGCUCCAGUAUGUCGCAAUGAUCUAGAACACUGCAGCCAACAUGGUGUGAUGCCCGUGAGCGUGGAGCAUGUGAUAGCAUAUAGCUGGACCUUUUCCGGCCUGGCCAUCGACCAUGUGCGGAGGUCGUGGAGCACGGGCCUGGACGCUAAUAAACGGUCAGGCGUCAUCUUGGCGAUUCCCACCAUCCUGGGCGCAGAUCAUGGCGGUAGGUUCAAGAUGUCUGCGAUGCGCAGCCUGCCAAGACAGGUCUUGCGGCUAGGAUCUGUUGUGCCGUGCACUGCCACUGUUUUCUGCGCGCUGCGGAUGGCCGGCAACUUUAAACUGGCACCGAGCAUGACGAGGGGCCUGGUACCUGGCCUCACUUGUGUCGACCCCCUCCUAG